CUGUAAUAUGACGUAACAUGACCUUGGCAGUUCUAACAUUCGUUUGACGAAGACAUGGAUAUCAUAUGGAGCGAUACGUGCCUCAAAUCAAUCCUGCCACUUAUACUGUACUCACUACCUUGUUUUUGACCAUCGAGGCCUUUUUUAUGGCAUGGUUUAUUGUAUAUGGACUAACUGCAAACAAGUUUUCCCGCGUUUUGCUGAAAGAAUUGCUUCUAUCACUUGUAGCAUCUAUCUUCCUUGGCUGUGGAACAUUGUUUCUUUUUUUAUGGGUCGGAAUCUACGUAUGAAUCUUUGUCGGUAGAAGCAAUGUGACCGGACUCCGUUUCAUACUCAUGAAACUUGACAGACUGAAAGCAAAGAAACCUAUGAAGUACUUGGCAUUCUAACUAUUUGUUGUGAAUAUCAUUCUGGUCUGUUGCAUUGGUAGUUUUCUUAGAGUAGUCACAUAGUGUUACUCGGCGUCAUAAUGCAAGUGCAACUGACGCCGGUUCUCUUGUUUUAGUGCGAUUAUGAACCUGGAUGUUUAAGACGUGCCAGCCCUAUUAGCUUCCGUACAACUGUAUUUGGAUUUCCAAAACUUUGCUUAUGCAAAUGGCAGACUUCUUUGACUGAAGGCUUAUUUAAGGAUCCAAAUAUUAUUGUCACUGGUCAAACAUGC